GCGAGGCCGCCCACGGUUAGCCAGGUCGCCUAAUUAACGUGCUAUCAGUCCUAAGACCCUAGCCACGUGUCGGGCUCCGAUACCAACCUCAUGCCCAGCACGACUUCCUGAUCGGAGUGGGAUGUGGGCCUGGAAGUGCGAAAAGGGGUGUGCCAAGGAUUUUUGGCGAAGUGGGGGAGCCUUAGGGGUAUGAACGCAAUUAGGCGAACGAGGGGUACACGCGCAAGGGCCUCACAGUCCGAAGGGGCCGGGACACUGCGGGCGACGGGUUACGGGAAAAUUCCUCGGUGGUGGAGAUGGUCCUUAAAAGUUAGGUCGUCGGGGGCCGCCACGUGGCGCAGGCCACCGCAUAGCUGGGUUGGGCCUUCGGAAUUCCGGGGUUCUUUGUGCGCCGCUGCGUCGGCAGUUUACGCAAAACGUGUUGGGCCAAUAGGGGGCUAUGGCCGGCCACGGAACGACACUGAGUUGAUGAUACAGGAGAAGGAGGCGGAAGGGAGGGAAACUGGUGGUAAUCUCAACGAAUCCCGGGUGGGUGAAGUAGUAGAGAAUCUGCAUCACGUGCUUAAACAAGCUGUUGGAGUCGACCAUAAGCCUUGCAUGUCCACGUGGAAAUCCGUAUCUUACCGUGAUGAUGUACUCAAUUUUGUGGGAAAGCACUUAGGGCAAGUCGGGUAUUACGAUGGAACCAUCUUAAAGGUUGCUGACUUUGAAACAGACUUCGAGGGGGAGUUGCGGCGAGGUAUAGUUGUAAAACCAGGUAAUGUCCGUGACCAGUUUCAUGAUGAUCCCCUUAAGCUUCUCGACGUAAUUCCUGAAGCCUGCUCAGCUCCCUCCGGCUCCCUCCAUGCAUUUCUCCGCAAGGCUAGCUCAGUUACCACCGGUAUCCGGGCAGUAUAUAAGACAAUAUCACUUGUCUGGCCACUCUUAUCGCCUAAGAAUGAGAUCACUCUCCCAUCGAUGGACCUGGAGGCUCUCAUCUUCAUGAUUGGGAUGGAUGCAGAUUACCAUUAUGAUAGCAAAGGUGAUGUUGAACGGGAUCUAUACAACUUAGAAAGCCAGUUUAAACAUGCGAUUGGUCCUGCCUAUUUAUUCGUCAAAGAGCUUCGUGCGAUCGCAUCUUCACCCAGAGGAAUGCGUGAGUGGCUGGACAUGAUUAAUGCCGAUGCUAUGUGCAAGCCACUGCUGAUGGUCGAUUGCGGGAUCAGGAAGUUUAUGCUAUAUUGGGAAGCCUUCACUUUCCGGCAUUGUGUCUUGCUUAGGCACUCUGGAACCAUGGAAGUCAUUUUCCUGAUGCAGAAAGACUUGGAUAGAAUGGAGAAGUUCCUAAUGGUGCCGCCUCUGCGAGUUAAGAUCAUUACUAGUACAAGCGACCGACCAGGUGAUAUCGGCCGGGCCUUUCACAUGGCCUACUUCAUCUACUUGGCCGAGCGUGCCUCCGAUGUUGACGACUUUUUGUUAGCCCUGCUGGAGAAAAAGUACAGUGAUCAUGGAGCUUUUCAUGAGAUUGUGCAUUGGCGAAGGAUCAUUGAAACGAUUGGGUGGACUUGGGAUUUGGCAUUUAAGGAGCAGCUAGAGGUGUUGCAGCAGUACAAGCUAUUCCCGGCCGACGACCUUGACAGCUACACACAGGCAGACCGGCAAAAGGCACUGUACCAGGAAUACGCAGAGAUGCAUGUCGAUGCCAUCAUCAACUCGGGACACUUCAAGAACAUCUUACUGUACCACCGGUGGAUGAUGAUGAUUGCCUUUUUCGAACGUCACGGGUUCUGUCCCGGAGAGCUAAUUGAAGGGUCUGAGAAACAGGAUUGGACUGAGGGUUAUCCCUAUGUUGAUCCCCGAAGAGUUCCUUUUCAUGAAGUCGGGGUGGUGAAUUUCUCGGGUCAUUUCGUGUUCAACUCGCGACGGAAAGACUGUCUGGAUUUUGUCGAGGACAAAGACAUUUGCCCGCCUGUGGUUGAUGGAUUCCCGAAUGCUCCGGCACUUGCAAAGAGAAGGUCGCGUGACAGGUCCCAGUUGAUGGAUGUGUUAUCACGCGAGUCUUUGCCAGACUUGAGUGACUUGGCAGCCAAUCCCUACUGGUUUCAUUACAACGUUAAGGCUGAUGACAAACCCGACGGGAGGUGGUUUUUCGAAGCUGGGACUGAUGUCAGUUUGCUCCUCUCCGAGUACGAGGACAGCAAUUUGGAGUAUGCAAAAUUCUUCCCUGGGGCAACUGUCGGGCUCACUGCCAACGAUCUGAAGAAAUGGGUGGAUGCAGCAAGUGCGCCAAUGCCGAGAACAGGGUUGUUCAAACCCUUGUACGUUUCGUUCGACAUAGAGAAAUUUUCACCCGCUUUUCACCUGUCUGUGAGCAAAGCUAUCGAUGAACAAUGGGCUGAGGCAUAUGGCAUGCCACACCUCAUGCACUGUAGCAAGGUGUUGACCGAAGGGAAAAUUCACUAUAUUAAGGGUAACUUCCAUCACACCGUUGACAAAGUUGGGAUUGAUUUCGAGGGAUUCUUUGGCAGGCGCAACACCAUGUACCAUUGUGCUGUGAUGGGGUACACUAUCGACACAUUGCAUAAAGACGGGCUUAUUGACAGAGAAUCUGAUGCGCAUUUUGCCGCACUAAUUGAUGAGGGGUUGCUGCGUCUAUUGGUGCCAGAGAAUGCUACUCCCACUUACGUAGCUCGGCUGCGAAAUCGGAUCGAAGAAAUCUACCGCGCGGGAAGCAUGCAGCUAAGAUGGGACAGAACAUUCAUCUCUGGAGAGCUUUGCAUGUUCCGCAACGAGGUCCGGCUGUUUGGUCACAGUGUUACCCCUGGCCUGAAGGCUGCCCUUCGAAUCUCAAAUAGGUCUGGUCCAGGAGACAUUUGCCCCAGCAUCGCUUCCGACUUAGAGUUAGUGGCAUCCACUGCAAGAGGGGCAUUCACUGCGGGUGCAACCCUCAGCGCCGUUUACGCUCUGUAUGCAAUGAACUGUGCAUUGGUUAUUCGGCGCUGGAGGGAAUUGGAGCGAAGUGUCGAGACUCAGUCAGUCCUCAAUGCCUUUCUCCCGUUCCACUUUGGAGGCUUGUCUUUAAGUGGACUUCUGGGCCUCUCAGCAUCUGUUGUGCACAAUGACUUGCAGGAAUCCCUCAGAGUGUUACGUGUGGCAGGCACAAGAUACCCGGAAUUACACGAGUUAAUCGAUAAGCUCAUCCAGGUUCCUGUUAUGGAGACGGGUGAAGACGUCCGGUUUUCUAACCCUCACGGGGUACGUGCGCAGUGUAGGACCAUUCGUAGGGAUCGUGGUUUUGCCAAGAUGAAACAAACCUUCCUUAAAUACGAUUACCUGCCGGCGAUAAGCCACUACGUAGUAGCGGCUAGGGCCAGUGUUGAAGAGCAUGAUAACACGAGGAUAGUCUCGGUACCUAACGACUUUCCCUGCCAGCUAAGUGAAAGGGUCUGUCAUCCCAUGGCUGCAAUUGAAAGGAUUGUCAACAAGAUUCUGUUUGUGAGGUCUGCAAUUGCGCUGUUCCCAGGGCACAUGCUGCAAAUCUUGUGUCGAGCUAUGGUUGAUAACAAGACCGAGGCCGCCGCUGUGCUCAAGGACAUGUUCGGCGGCAGCGCUCCACAAAACUGUGGAGUGUACAGCAACUCUGAAAAUUCCAAGGCGACUGACAACUCCCGAAAUGCGACGCAAAACAUGACUGGUUUCAAGGAGAGCAAACCUGCCGAGGAGAAACAAAUCUCAACUGUGCCACACAGAGCCAAGGGGGUGGAUCAGGUGUACCAUCCUGCUCAAUGUCCGAAAAGGACCGGGUCGGCAACGAACUACAGUGCAUGGAACCAAUGGCAGAAGAACGUCACCUAUGACCUUCAACUGGAAGAACAAGAAAACCAAGCCAACAAUCAGCCACCGUCAGACGAAUCACUCACCCCUGAAGCUAAAGCUUUUAUGGCGGAAAUGGAGAAGGAUGCACAAGAAAGAGCAACGCUCAGAAGGAAGAAUGCUCGAAGGGCUGACAGAAUCAAGCUUGAGGAGAUCAUUCCUUCUCCACCAGAUGGCUUCCAUGAUGAUCCCUCUGCAGAUUAGCACAAUGUAGUUUUUUCCUGAAGUAAGGGGACCCAGCUUGGCAAAUUUGCCAUGUAAAAUGAAGGUAUCAUGAUGUC